AGUUCAUUCUGAUCCCCCUCUUCCUAUGGCUUGUUCCGGUGUUGUUGCUGAUGGAGACUGCAUCGUCAGUUACAACAAUCUCAAGUUGAAGCAUGACAAGAGGUAUAUCAUCUAUGCGUUCACUCCUGACAACAAGCGAAUCGUCAUCGAAUCCGAGGGCACCAAAGACAAGACCUAUGAUGAUUUCAAACAAGCUCUCCUCGCCAGUCAUGAACCGCGCUACGCUGUGGUAGACUUCGAAUUCGAUCAUGAUGAGUCGGGAGCGAAGCAAGAAAAGGUUCUGUUCAUUUUCUGGUCACCUGACACUGCUCCUGUCAAGAGGAAGAUGCUGUUCGCUUCUUCUAAAGACGCAAUUCGUAAACCACUGGAUGGUGUUUAUCAAGAGAUUCAAUGCAACGAUGAAGGCGAUUUGCUCUUUGAGGAAAUCAAGAGGAAAGUCCAGAAAUGAGGGAGAAAGAUUUGAUCAUAUGAUUAUUAUGUUAUUAAUUAUAUGCGGAAUGUGAAUGUUUCGCCC